AUGCGGCUGGCCGCUGUGUCACUGGUGGCGCUCGCGCUCGCCGAGCCGGGUCCAGAGGGGGGUGUGACGGUGAUGACACCUCGCAGCCCCCCAGCUCGGCAGACGACGCAGCCCAGACGCCCCGAGCGCCGGCAGAGAAACCGGCGCCGGACAACCACCACGACCACCACAACCACUACCGUUGAGCCCGAAGAGGAGGAGGAGGACGUAGACGUCACCACGCAAAUGUCCACAACCACAGUUGACCCGCGUACUUUUGAUCACAAUCGUCAAACUUUCACGUCUUUUUAUAAUGCGGAGCGCCAGCAGCGCAAUCGUCGCCGGACUACUACUACCGUUGAGUCUGAAGAAGAGGAAGAGAACGUAAAAGUCACUACGCAAAUGUCCACAACCGCAGUAAACCCGCACACUUUUGAUCACACACCGGCAGCGCAACCGUUGCGUCGCCGGACUACUACUACCGUUACCGUGGAGUCCAAAGAAGAGGAGGACGACGUAGAAGUUUCAACACAAUUGUCCAAAAGCACAGUCGUCAUUUUUUAUCACAGUUAG